AUGUACGCCGCUCAGAAUAUAACGCCAACAGUUUUGGAUGCCAUGAACGGAAAUGUUUCCGAAUGGUAUAACGAAUGCGACAAUGCCAUUAGAAGGUCAGAAAUAGUUCCUGGAACUUACGAAUAUACAACUGCUGUUUCUUAUGGAAACGUAGGUGAGUUUGGAGAAGGUUCUUCAACAACAGUAGAUAUUGCUUGCGACAGGUUUCAUAUUAUUUCUAUUGACAACUCAUUCUUAUACGUGGAACAAGACAUUGAAAUAAAACCUUCUGCCAAGUUGUCUGACAAGAAAGGUUGCAAUGGAAUUUUCUAUGUCGGAUACCAAUAUGCUCCAGAAGUUUUCAUGGGAUAUAAGAUAUAUUCUAACUCUGACUUAGUUCAAACAGUAACAUGGGCAAACUAUGAAUGGUUCGCUUUGAGAAACUCAGUACAACCACAAGCUAGAGAACAAACAGACCAGUAUGCAACUAUUGAGAAAAUAAGAAGACUUGACCCUAACGUUCCAGGAGUUUAUGUUAACCUUUCUGGACAAACUGCAGCAGCAGUAACCAAAGUAAAACUGAAACUUAGAGUUCCUUUGUCAUCUUUCCUCAUCUUCAGGUUUUUAAGAUACUUGCCAAACUGG